UAGCAACAAACAGAAAAAUAUGCACUCAUUAUUCUUCUAAAACAAGAAAAACUCGAAAUUUUCAUAAAAACCUAAAAAAUUGCAAACGAAAUCAUCGAAAACCUCAUUUUCCAACAAAAAUCCCUCAGAAGCACAUUCAUUUUGUCACACGUCAUCAUUCAAGCAACACCCAUUUGUAGCAUCAAGCAACCCUGUCUCUGAACAGGGUGCCCACGAAACAUCAACAAUUGGAAACAUAUGUUUUCUCACAAACUGCAAUUUCCAUGCACACACACCACAUGAAAUACCCUGUCUCGCCUUACGCAGAUAUUUUGCGGUCGGGCAUUUUUAUAGUCUCCUCAAAAAACUAAUAAUUGUCUAAGAAUAAGGCAAUUAAACUCCUCAAAAACUAUACAUACAUCUUCGCCAAGCCGACAUUAUGCUGAGCGAUAUGAAAGUUGACGUUUUUCAUUGUUAACAGCGGUGAAAAAGUGUUUUCAAAAAUUAUAAAAAAAAUUCCUACUCUAAUCACACACCAACGAAAGCGACGACGAUACCCCAGCAGCAGCACAGAUACAGAAACAACAAGAGCUCCCAUCUUCGUAUCACCUCAAAUAUCCUUCCUUUCACAUCUCUACUUCCUCUGCCAUGUCUUCAGCUCCUGCUGCUGCUGCCACAUCCAAUACAGAAAUCCGUUAUGUUACCGAAGUGCCUAGUAGUCUAAAACAGUUAGCCCGCCUGGUCGUCCGGGGCUUCUACACCAUUGAGGAUGCCCUCAUCAUCGACAUGUUGGUCCGGAAUCCCUGCAUGAAAGAGGAUGACAUUGCCGAACUGUUACGUUUCGAAAAGAAACAAAUGCGGGCCCGCAUCACCACCCUGCGCAGCGAUAAAUUCAUUCAGAUUCGUCUCAAAAUGGAAACGGGUCCGGAUGGCAAGGCUCAAAAAGUCAAUUAUUAUUUUAUAAAUUAUAAAACCUUUGUAAAUGUAGUCAAAUAUAAGUUGGAUCUGAUGCGCAAGCGCAUGGAGACGGAAGAGCGGGACGCCACAAGUCGGGCGAGUUUCAAGUGUACGAAUUGUAAUAAGACCUUUACGGAUUUGGAGGCCGAUCAACUGUUUGACUUCAAUACUCAGGAAUUUCGUUGUACAUAUUGUGGGUGUACGGUGGAGGAGGAUACCUCGGCCAUGCCGACCAAAGAUUCGCGCCUGAUGUUGGCCAGAUUCAAUGAACAGUUACAGCCAUUGUAUGAUCUGCUGAGGGAGGUGGAGGGCAUUAAAUUGGCACCGGAGAUUUUGGAACCCGAGCCGGUGGAUAUUGAUACGAUAAGAGGGAUUAACAAACCCUCGGCGGUGCGUGGCGAGGGCCAACAAUGGUCCGGAGAGGCCACGAGAAACCAAGGUUUUGCCGUGGAAGAAACCCGGGUGGACAUUAACAUUGGUGGUGAUGAUGUGCCCGAUACCGUGGCCGAACGUAAGGCCCGCCCCAUUUGGAUGACGGAGAGUACGGUCAUCACCGAGGAUAAUACCGACAAUACCGAUGCCAUACUCAAUGAAGCAGCACAAAAUUCCCAACAACCCGGCCUGUCGGCGUGGUCUUCCGCCGCCGGAGGCAACACCUCCACCACCAGCACCACAAACAGUACGUUCAACAACAAUCGCAAAAAGGAACAGGAAGACAUCAUGGCUGUCCUGUUGCAAUAUGAGAAACAACCUGAACAAAAGAAAAACAAUAGCAAGGGUCUACGUUUCGGUACUUCCAAUGCCAAUUCCAGUGAUUCGAGUGAUGAUGAAAAUGACAUAGAAAAUACCAAAAUUCCCAAUAACGAUGAUUACAAUAACUUUAUUAAUUCCGAAUCUGAAGAAGAAGAGGAUGAUGUUCCUUCCGUUUUGGUGGCCGGCCGUCCUCAUCCCAUUGAUCAAAUCAAUGAUGUGCUAAUUGGCCAAAUGUCUCAGCAGGAGAAGGAGAACUAUAUACACAUAUAUCAGCAACAUUAUAGUCAUAUAUAUGAUUGAAAAACAACUCCCGUUCCCCUCCCCCCUCCCCUACCCACCUCCUCCUCCUCAAACCCCAAUCAUUAUUUUUUUUACAAACCCACAACUCGAUGUUCUUUUUUCAACAAACAACUACAACAACAACUAUUACUAUAAUUAUAUUAAUUAUUACUAUUAUUAUUAUUAAUUUUUUUCAUUAUAUAUUUUUUAGUUAAUUCUUUAUACAAGCCAAUAGUGUUUUAAUUUUCUCCAAUUUGAAAGCCUGACCCUCCACCUCCUCCAUCGUCCAAAUAUUUUCACAAUUUUGCUCAUCUUAUUUUUUUUUUAAUUAAAUAAAUAAUUUUCGUUAAAUGUUUAUAUAAAAUAAUAUUUAAGAGAAUGGAAGAGAGAGACAGACGGAGAAGAAUGCUUUGAACGAGAAAAUAUAUUUAAAAGAAGAAGAAGUAAAACAAAGAAUCAACAAAACAAUAAAAAAAACUUGAAAAUUAA